GGGGAGAGAAAAAAGAAGGGAAGAAAGUUGAGAAGAAGAUCUAGCACAGAUCUGCCGUAGAUCUGGGAGAGAGAGAAGAGAAGAAUUGGAAAAAGAGAAGAAGAAGAAGACAGAAAGAAAGAAAGAAAGAAAGAGGAAUAGAUCUGGAAAAAGAACAUGUGGGAGAAGAAGAAUAAGGGGAAAAUAAGAAGAAAAAGAGAAGAGGAAGGGGAGAAGGAGGGGCUGAUGAGGAAGAGAAACAGAUGAAGAAAUAGAGAAGAGGAAGGAGAGAAGGAGAAAAAGAUAAGAAGGAAGUGACGAGGAAAUGAGGGAGGGGAGAGAAAGGGGAGAGGGGAGAUAGAAUGAAAAUUGUAAAUGGGGGUAUUUUGGGUAGUUAGUGUAUGAAAAAUUAAAAUGGAAAUACUAUUUUCGGACGAAGAAAAAAGAAAAAAUGAAAAAAUUAUUUUUAAAUGGAGUCAGUAAUAAUUUGUGCAUGUGUGAACCAUGCACCGAGAGAUAGAUCAGAGAGCAGCUUAAUUCAAAUAAAAAUGGUUAAUAAUGGAGAUUGCUCCAAUUUGGAGGAUUGGGUUGAGUCAUUGGCAAAAAUUGUUUGGGAAAAUGUCAACGAAACAGUGGUUCAAGCGCAUUGUGUUCGCCCUAAUCCUAGUGGCAUCCACAUCCGAGCGCCGCUACUCUCUGGCACUCCCAACCGGUUCGGGACCGGAGGCUUCGUCGGAGCUGAGUCGGGACCUGUUGGACUCGGCCAGAGCUCCCCAGUUCUUGGAUUGGUUGAAACGGAUCAGGAGGAGUAUCCACGAAUACCCGGAAUUAGGGUUCGAAGAGCACCGGACGAGUCAGCUAAUUAGAAAUGAGCUUGAUGCGCUGGGAAUCGAGUACUCCUGGCCGGUUGCGACCACCGGAGUGGUCGCUGCUAUUGGCUCCGGCGGUCCUCCCACUGUUGGCUUAAGAGCCGAUAUGGAUGCUCUCCCUCUUCAGGAAUUAGUGGAAUGGGAACAUAAAAGCAAGAUCGAUGGUAAAAUGCAUGCAUGUGGUCAUGAUGCUCAUGUUACCAUGCUGCUUGGGGCAGCUAAGUUGCUUCAUAGCAGAAAGGAGUAUUUGAAGGGAACUGUUAAGCUGGUCUUCCAACCUGCCGAAGAAGGCAUGGGUGGUGCUCUCCAUAUGAUAAAGGAAGGAGUAAUCGAUGAUAUUGAAUCCCUGUUUGGGCUCCAUGUUUGGCCAGGUUCUCCUGUUGGUACAAUUGCUUCGAAAGCAGGGCCCUUACUUGCAGGAUCAAACAGGUUUUCAGCUGUAAUACAAGGUCGAGGAGGGCAUGCAGCGGCCCCACAUAAGACCAGAGACCCUGUUAUUGCCCUAUCUAUGGCCAUUCUUUCCCUCCAACAGCUUGUUUCACGAGAAUCUGAUCCUCUGGAUGCGAGGGUGGUAUCAAUUGGAUUCGUGGAGGCGGGUCAUGCCGAAAAUGUGAUACCAGAUCAAGUGAAGUUUGGUGGGACUUUUCGUUACUUGACUUCUGAUGGUUCUUCCCAUCUCCAACAAAGAAUCAAAGAGAUAAUAGAGACACAAGCAGCCGUGAACCAGUGCAAUGCAACAGUGACCUUCAUGUCGGGGGAACAGACACCCUACCCUCCAACAGUUAACAAUCAAGAAAUGUAUGAUCAUGCCAAGACAGUAGGAGAAGUGUUGCUGGGUGAGGGAAAUGUGGGUCAUGCCAAUAUCACAAUGGCUGCUGAGGACUUUGGCUUUUAUGCACAGAGAACAAAAGCUGCUUUCUUUUUUAUUGGUUCAAGAAAUGAGACAGUGAUGAAAUCUGUUGAAGGGCUUCACAGUCCUCACUUCACUCUGGAUGAAGAUGUUCUUCCCAUUGGAGCAGCUCUUCAUGCUUCUGUUGCCAUUUCUUACUUGCAUGGCCAUUAGAUAGGUCUGAUAACCCGUCAUAUGUUGUGCAAUUUAGACAUGCACAAACUCGGGUCGGCUUAUCUGGCCUGCCCAUCCCGCCUUUAAAAAAUGGGCAAAUUUGGACAAUGGAAAUCACCCUAAAUAGGACUAAAACAUAGAGAAAAGUACCAAAAUAGGACUUUCAUGUUUUUUCCCGAAAUAGGACUUUGCACUGUGUUAAUGUGACUUCACCCUGUUGUAAUGUGACAGUGUACAUGUACAAAUUACUAUACUUUCUUGGUAAUGUAUAUGACCAUGUAUGGUAAUGUAAGUCCUAUUUCGGGAAUAAAAACAUAGAAGUCCUAUUUUGGUAUAUUUUUUAUGUUUUAGUCCUACUUUGGUCUUUCUCCCUUUGGUCAACUAUAUGUACUCAUGCGUGCUAGCCUGGCGUGACUUACAAAAUAAUAUGGAUGGGUUUGGGAAUUGAGUUCGUCCCCU